AUGUUUCCAAUCAUUAAAUCCUAUUCCGAUGUGAAAGAUUGUAUUGCAGGAAGAAAAGAGUUUGUCACUCAGAUUGACGAAGGCUUCCGAUUUAUAAAAUACAAGAGUAUAGUUGAAAAUACGUUUGUCGAUCUCACCGAAAUGAAUAAUUUAAGUGACAGGGAACGAACUAUUCAUCUCCUUCGUCGUGAAUGUCGCGGAAUUGUUUUUGAUGCAGAAAAUGAUAAACUCAUCUGUCGAAAAUUUCACAAAUUCUUCAAUAUUAAUGAAAAACCGGAAAGUAAUGUGGAUCGUAUUAAUUGGAAGAGACCUUUCGUGGUGAUUGAGAAAAUGGAUGGCUCUCUUGUGGCUCCAAUUUACACAAAAAAGAAAACCAAAGAUGUCUCAAAUAUUGCUUUCACUACAAUGCUUGGAUUGACAGCUAUGGCUAAAAAUCAAGUUCAAGGAUAUAUUGAUAAGAAUUUACAACACAAAGGAUUAAGAAAACAAUUUCUAGAUUUUUGCAAGCAUUGUCUUGAUCAUGGAAUGACAUGUCUAUUUGAAUAUAUAAGCCCUCAAAAUAUUAUUGUGAUCAAGUAUUUGGAAGAGAAAUUAACAUUGCUUGCAAUUCGACAUAAUGAAACUGGACAGUAUCUCUCAUAUUCAAAAAUGAAGGAUCUUUUACAAAAACAUCCAGAUUGGGAAAAGGUUGUGAAUUUAGUGAGCUUGUGGAAAGAUUUCCCACAGGGAACUGAUGAACCUCACAAAUUAUUAUCUGAAAUUUACGAACAAAAAGGAGUCGAAGGAUAUGUCAUUCGAUUUGAAGAUGGUGAUUUUUACAAGGUCAAGACAAAAUAUUACAUGUGUUUUCAUGGAAUUUCAGGUGGAGGCAGUGAAUCAAGUGGUGGUGCAGCUGUGGCAUUAUCUGCAGAAAAAAUUAGAGAACGACAUCUUAUUAAGGCAAUUAUGAAUGAUGUGAUUGAUGACAUUAUUAGUGGAGUGUAUUGGACCUCUGAAAUGAGACAGUCCAUUUCAAAAUAUCGAAUUGAGAUCGAGGCAAGAACGUUGGAGAAAUUUGAGGGAGAAGCAUGGCCAAUUCUUUUAAAAGCUAUCCAAAUGUCACAAAAAGGAGUUGGCAAUGAGUCGUUGGCAAGUCGUGUUCUGAGCGGAAAAGUGGCCAAUACUCCCACUGGAGAUUUUGUGAAGGAUAUGAUUUCCAAGUUGGCCAAUUCUUCUUCGUCGUCCUCAAAUUCAUCCACAAAAUCAAGUGACAAGGAAGAACGAGAAGAAGAAAGGCAUGACAACAAUUUCUCUCACAAUCCCAAUAGAGGCAAUUUUUGGAGCGUUCUGCAAGAGGAAGAAGUUGAAGAUGCUGAACAAGAAGCUACUCAUGAUGUAGUGAGUGAUGCAGAAGAGGAGGACGAAGAAAAGAGAGAACAAAUGUUAUUGCCCUCACAAUCAGCAAGUCUGCCAACACAAGCUUCAGAAAUUUCAUCAAAGAAGUCCUCCGUCGUUGAAGAAGCAGUUUCUCAACAAGCAGCUUCCUCAUCUUCUACAAACCAAACAUUAUUUGACACGAGGAACAUGAAAUUUGCACCUAUUCAUCCUGGCAGCGCCUCAGAUCUCUCAGCAGAACAACAAUUAGAGAACCAAAAACAAGUUGCUUUUGAAUGCUUCAAAAUAUUCUUACAAAAUAAGAUCUUCCAAGUGAAUGAUCCAAGUGCAUUUGAAAGCAAAAAAGCAAAGAAUUAUGCUUGGCUUGGCGUUGAUUUGAGUGUCAUGGGUCAAUUUUCGUUUGAUGGCAAGUCAGGCUGUCUUGUGAAAAACUCUACCAGGAAAGUACUCUCUAAAAAGGAUGAAUCUGAUGACUACGACUUUAGCAAGUCUUCCAACAAGAAGGGCUCAAAGAAAAAGAAGAAAUAA